CCGCCAUAAUUGAAUUGAGGACUACACAAAUUUCCUUCCCUGAGAUAAGAAGAGAAAAUCGAAGUAUGUUUUGGUGUUAGCUGUCGGACAGUUUUGUUUCACAUCCAUUUGUGGUUAACAUUGAUCCAAUGGACCCCAAACACAGUCAUGAGUCAGUCAAAGGUGAUAACACUCUCGAAAGUGUAUUACUGUCAAACACCAUGGAGGAAAGAUCCUGUCUUGUUCCAGCAGAGGGCUCUACUUCUAUUUCAGAUGUAAAGGAUUGUACUUUGGUUGAAAGGGUUCAAGAUAUAGCAUUAGACCAUGGAGGUGUUAAAACUGAGUGGACAGCUUCAACUGCAAGCAUUCAUUUAACAGCAAAUGUGCACAACAAGGCUGGUAUAUUUGAAGAAGAAGAGGAGGGGGAACUUGAUUACGAGGAAGAUGAGGGAGAAUUAGUGACAGCACAAGAAGAUAGAAAUGGAGUUAAAAACGACAUGGAGGGUGAUGAUAAGGAGGAAGGUGAGCUGGCAGAACCUGAACAAGACGAAGAAGGUGAAGAAGGAGAAAUCCUCUCAGAUGAAGAUACUAAGGUAUAUUUCACAUGAUGAACUAAUAUAUUUCAAUUGAUAAAAUCCUGUUAUUAAGUCUUGGAUUUAGAUUUGUCCAAAAUUCAGUCUUAGCGGGCUUUUUAUGUCUAUUAUCUUGUCAUUAAAGGUUUCCUGCAACAUACAGUGAAACAUGUGUAAAAAUUAUAGUCUGUUUUUGAUGAUUCUAAUAUCAUUUUCUAAGGCAAGCAGUGAUUGUAUCAAGAUGGUACAAGAAUUUAAUAUGUAAAUGAUUGAAAAUGUAAGACAUUUACCUCUACCCGAGUAUGUGUUAUGUAGCCUGCAUAGCAAACAUUCGGACCAUAGAAACAAAAGAUCUGGCUGUGCGAUCUUGUCAGCAUACUCUGCAAUACUGAUUUUUCACAGUUGAGUUCAUUUAUUGAUUGACAGUUUGUUUCCAGGCAUUAAAACAGCACUGGUAUAAAAUUAGUAGAAAGUGAAAAUACAGGAAGUGCAGUGUUGGAAAUUAGCACUCGCCCGCUCGCCAAAUGCAAGUGUGAAAAGUGUUAGGGGAGUACAAAUCAUCUAUCACUCGCCUGUUCGGCUGCUAUUUUCAUUUUUGGGAAGUUAUUUCAGCGUAAAUAUUGAUAACACUCCUAGUCCUUUUGAUUCAAUUUUAGCAAGAAUAUCUUUCAAUGAAAACUUAUCUUUCAAGAUGCCUAAAUAAUUUGUCAAUAAUAUAUGUAGCUAAUAAUACAGAACUUGGCAUUUCCUAGAUAGACAAAACGAAAUACAGCUUCUUCCAGUGAUAAUUUACAAAUGCUAUGUUCUGUAUUAUUAGCUACGAAGCAGGCUUCUAGCCAGGAUUUGAAAAGUGGGCAUCCAAAUUGUGCCAUAGGGCAUGCUCAAAUGAACAAUUUAUAA